AUGCACGCAAUCACCGUCAGCUCGCCGGACGGCAAGCCAGGCAAGGCGGGCAAAGUCUACUACCCCCUCGCCCUCCGGGACAUCCCCAAACCCACCUCGCAAGGCAGCGAACUCCUCAUCAAACUCACCGCCGCCGCCCUGAACCACCGCGACCUCUUCAUCCGCCAACACCUCUACCCAGGCGUCUCCUUCGAUACCCCCCUCCUCGCCGACGGCGCCGGCAUCGUCGUCUCCGCCGGUCCCCAGGUCCCCAGCCCAGAAUCCUGGAUCCAAAAGCGAGUCAUCAUCAACCCGGGAACUGGCUGGAAAGACGCCGAGGACGGACCGGAGUCGCCGACCGGAUACGCCAUUCUGGGCGGGACGAAGAAUAACCCCAAGGGCACGCUGCAGGAGUAUGUCACGGUGGACGUGAGCGAGGUGGAAUUGGCGCCCGAGCAUCUGAAUGAUGCCGAGGCUGCUGCGCUGCCGUUGACGGGCCUAACUGCCUGGCGCGCCCUCGUCACCAAGGCCGGCGACAAAAAUUCCAAAUCCGGUGCGGCAGUCCUGAUCACCGGGAUUGGCGGCGGAGUCGCCUUGAUGGCAUUGCGGUUUGCAGCCGCGAGAGGGGCGGAUGUCUAUGUGACGAGUUCAAGCGAGCAGAAACUUCGGCAGGCGAUUGAGCUCGGGGCUCGCGGAGGAGUAAACUAUAAAGAAGAGGGCUGGGAUAAGAAACUCCUUGGCAUGCUGCCAACGGGGAAGAGGAAUUUCGACGCCAUCAUCGAUGGUGCAGGUGGCGACAUUGUCGAAAAAGCAAGUAGACUCCUAAAGGCCGGCGGAGUGCUUUCCAUCUAUGGCAUGACGGUAUCGCCAAAGAUGCCUUUCCUUAUGCAAGCAGUGUUGAAGAACAUCGACGUCAAGGGCUCGACCAUGGGCUCAAGAAAGGAAUUCAAAGACAUGGUCGAUUUCGUGAAGCAGCAGAGCAUCAAACCUAUCGUCUGGCGCGUUGUCCAGGGCAUUGAUAACAUCCCGGCAAUCGACAGCCUCUUCGAUGAUAUGAAAAAGGGGAGCCAAUUUGGAAAACUGGUCAUUCAGAUCGCGAACAGCAGCGGGUCUGAGAGCAAGCUGUAG